CUGAACUCUGAUGACUUGAACCCUCCUCGGCGAGGUCAGCGUCCUCGCCGCCGCCGUCUCGUCCGACUCCGGCUGUACGCGCGCGCGACGCGAUGCCCCGGCCGGCCGGCGCCACCGCCCGCGUGUCCCUCUACCUCCGCCGGGCCCGCCUCAUCGACUCCCUGCGCCUCCGCCUCCGCUCCCCUUCCUCGCCGCCGCCUUUGCCCCCGCCCGACGACCCCGUCGUCGCGCUCCACGCCAUCCGCGCCGCCCCCACGCCGGCGUCGGCGGUCUCCAUCUUCCGCGCCGUCCCGACGCCCCAGCCGCUCCCGCUCUUCCAGGCCCUCGCCUCCCGGCUCGCCUCCUUCGCCGCGCUCCCCGACCUCCGCUCCCUCCUCGCCUGCUUCCCCUUGCCCCCGCCGCCUCUCGCUCGCCUCCGCCUCCUCGCCGCCGCGGGGGACCACGCCUCCGCCCUCGACGCCUUCGCUUCCGUUCCGGCCACGCCGCACCGCCCCGCCGAGGCGCACAACCUCCUCAUGGAACUCCACGUCCGCGCCGCUGACCAUGCCGCCACCGUGGAGGCCUUCCGCUCCAUGGUCCGGGAAGGCGCGCUCCCGAACGCCCGCACCUACACCGUCGUCAUCGCCCACCUUGCCUCCGCGGGGUUCGUGGACCAGGCGCUCGAGGUGUUCCGCCUCCUCCCGUCGUUGCGCGCGCGGCGGACCACCCGGCAGUACAACGUGCUCGCCGAGGCGCUUGCGGCGGCGGGGAAGUUCGAGCAGCUCCGGUGGCUCGUCCGCGAGAUGGUGGCCGUCGACGGCGUCAUGCCCGGUCCGCAAAUGCGGGCCGCCAUCGCCGCCAUGAGGGAAGAGGGCCACACGGAGGGCACGGAGGAUUUCCUCGAGGAGCUUUCACCAAACGAACGAAUCGGUUACGCCGUGGACGACGUCGAGGGCGAGGGAGAUAGCGAGGAGGAGGAGGACGAUGAAGACGCGGCCAACCGUGACAAGGGCAGAGGCAGAGCUCAGGCAACGCUGAAGCCAUGGCUGGACCCGCGCGAGCUCGCCAGGGCGCUGGAAGGAUGGGAGCCGAGGGAGGUGGCCGAGCUGGAGGCCGCUGGGAUCGUGUGGACGCCGCGCCUCGUGUGCAAGCUGCUGCGCGCGUUCAAGAAGGCAGAGACGGCAUGGGAGUUCUUCUGCUGGGUGGCGUGCCGCCCCGGCGGCUUCGCGCACGACCGGCACACGGUGGCGAGGAUGGUCGCCAUCCUCGCCCGCGCCGGCCACGUCGAACUGGUCGAACGCCUUCUGGGCAAGGUGCGGUCCGAUGGCAUCCUCCUCCCGUUCGCCACCGUGCGGCUGGUCAUCGACUUCUACGGCCUCUCCAAGAAGGCCGACGCGGCGAUCAGGGUGUUCCGGGAAGCCGACUCCAUCUGCGGCGCCCUGUCGAGGCCCAACCUGACGCUGCUCUGCUCGUCGCUGCUGCGGACGCUGGCGAAAUGCCGGAGAGGUGUGGACGCCAUGGAGCUCCUCGAGGAGAUGAUGGCGCGGGGCGUCCUCCCCGACCUGCAGACGUUCUCCGGCCUGAUGGAGCACCUGGCCGGCGCCGGCGACCUCAAGGGCGUGCACCGGCUGCUCGGGCUGGUCCGGCAGUGCGAUCUGCAGCCCGACGGGUACAUGUACAGCGUGCUGGUCAGGGCCUACUGCAAGCAGGAGCGCGCCGCGCUCGCGCUGAAGCUGUUCGACGAAAUGCGCGGCGCUGGGGUCGCCCCCGACGCGCCCACCAAGGCGCUGCUGGUGAAGAGCCUCUGGAGGGAGGGCAAGCUCCGGGAGGCGGCGCAGGUGGAGGAGAGGUGCGAGGACACGGCCGGCGGCCUCCCGGAGGCGUCGCCGGGGCACGUAUGGACGGCGAGCGCCGCCGACCUGGAGAAGGUAUUCGACAUCUACUACGGUUGCUUCACUCAGCCUCGUGCAGCACAAACAGCAUGACAGAUGGCUCGUUUCGCCAUUACUCCACAGAUGACUCCGCUUGCAAUCAAGAUAGCAAAAAUGGUCACCAUUCUCAUGUCAAUCUGAGUGUUCAUUGCGAUGCAGCUUAGCCAUGACAACGAUGAGAGAAUGGUGGCUUCCAACCCUGGGCAUAGAAGCUUUGUUAAUUUUGCGGGAAUUAGACUGAUUUUGAUUUUGAGUGAAUUCAAACUGCUUUCUGCAGAAUUGCUACAAAAUUUGACAAAAGGGUAGAGGCUACGUCCUCCGUUUUAAAUUAUUAAGCCUUGUCUAGAUUUAUAUGGAUGCUAAUUAAUCUACAUAUAUAAACUAUA